GGGGGGUUGUCGUCGGUAACCGGACACCUCAUCUGUCUUCAGGGGCCUAGAGACACGGGGGCGACGCAGCAUCGAGGCGGCCAGCCCGCGGUUCCGUGCGGAGAUGCUGAACAUGUGGAAAGUCAGAGAGCUGGUGGACAAAGCCACUAAUGUGGUGAUGAACUACUCAGAAAUCGAGUCCAAGGUGAGAGAGGCCACCAAUGACGACCCCUGGGGACCCUCCGGUCAGCUAAUGGGAGAAAUAGCCAAAUCUACUUUUAUGUAUGAGCAGUUCCCAGAGGUGAUGAACAUGCUGUGGACCAGGAUGCUAAAGGACAACAAGAAAAACUGGAGACGAGUCUACAAGGCUUUACUUCUGCUGGCCUAUCUGAUCAGGAAUGGGUCUGAAAGGGUCGUCACCAGUGCCAGAGAACACAUCUACGACCUGCGAUCUCUAGAAAACUACCACUUCAUCGAUGAGAACGGUAAAGAUCAGGGCAUCAAUGUGCGUCAGAAGGUGAAAGAGAUGGUGGAGUUUGUCCAGGACGAUGACCGACUGAGAGACGAGAGGAAGAAAGCCAAGAAGAACAAAGAUAAAUACAUUGGAGUCUCCUCCAGCAGUAUGGGUGGAGGAGGAGGAGGAGAAGGAGGAGGAGAAUGCAUUAAGAACUCAAAUGAGAUGGAUCGUAGUAAGUGGGAUGAGGACUGGGAUAAGAGCAAAGGGGCUUUCCCCUUUAGUGAAAAGCUUGGAGAGAUCAGUGACAAGAUAGGCAGCACCAUCGACGACACACUCAACAAGUUCAGAAAGAAGGAACGAGAUGACUCGCCCGACAGACUCAGUGACAACGAGGAGGACAGAGCAUCGAGAAACGGUAGGCAGGAAACCCUUGAGUUCAAAGAUGAGGAGGAAACUGUCACAACAAAGAGCAUCCAAAUCACACAAGCAACAGAAACCACCACCACCACCACACGGAAACGCAGCGGAGCAGCAAGCAGCAAGACUUUGGACCUCGGUGCUGCUGCUCACUACACUGGAGACAAGAGCCCGGAGGAGAAGUCAUCAGUCAGGCAGUCAUCCAGUAGCGGUCUAGCUGACCUGCUAGUGAUUGACCCUUUAUCCAAUCAGAGCACUGCAACAGGCGGCAGUUCAGACCUCAUUGGUGGCUUUGCUGACUUCUCCUCUCCCGCAGCCUCGGCCAGCCUCCCGACUUCCACUGCUGCUGCACCAUCCAAUGGGAACGGAGAAUUUGGGGAUUGGAAUGCUUUCUCGGCCAAUACACCAGUUUCGUCUAGCUCUGGUCCCUCAAAGCCCGUCACUGAUCUGUUUGGCAGCGUCCAGUCAACCACAGCCCCAGCCUCUAAUACUGCCCCACCUUCUGCCGAGCUCUUUGACCUGAUGGGUGGAGGGAACCAUCAACUAACCAAUCCACAUACAACACUGAGUGCCUCUCAGAGCAUGACUUUCUCUCUGGGAGGUGCAACGCCAGGAGCUUCUGUUGCGAUGCCAACCAUGCCCCUUUCUCGCUCCCAACAGAGCUUGGGAGGAAUGACAUCUGCAGGACAACAGCAGAAGGUUGGUGUUGGAGGUCCAGGAUCAUUAGGGUCAACCUGGUCCGACCCCUCCGUUAACAUCAGUCUGGACUUCCUAUCAGCAGGCCUCAACCCCACUAAGACACCGCGCACACUCAACAAUAUCAUCCAGCAACAAGGAGUACCUCCGGUUAACCUGUUGACCCAGAACUUCGGAGGACUGAACCUCAGCUCUCCGCCCCACGUUACACCCUGCGGACCAACAGCCAAUUCCAUGAUGGCAAGCAAUGCAACGACGAUGGGCAUGCCCGCUCCCUUGGCAUCGAGUAUGCCCCUUUCAAUGGCCACAGGGACCAUGGGGAUGGGGGGAAUUCCUGUCAACCAAGGCAUGAUGGGAAUGAACAUAAGCAUGAAUAUGGGCAUGGCCACUCCUGUGAUGAUGGGUGGUAUGGCUGGCAUUGGAGUGCCAGGAAUGGGGGCGGGCCUAGCACACUCCAUCACCCCAGCUGUGGUUCCACCCAAACAGGAUGCCUUCGCUAACUUUGGCAGCUUUGGGAAAUGAAGGAGUGCAAAUGUGUGCGAGUGUGAGUGUGAGCAUGUCUGACAUUUUGAGAGUGUGAACCAGAGGACUGAUGAACUUGAAGACAACCUUGCAUGUUUCUCUCUCUGCUUCUGCUGUCUUUGGUGAGCUGGCACCAGUGAUCCUUCACCAUCCCAGUCUGUUGACAUGAUCUUGGACGUAGGGGGGGAGUGCCCACUGCUGCCCUUCACCCAUUUGAUGUGUGAAAUGAUGUCACACAGAGGACACCUGAAGAACUGGGAAGGUGUCAACCCAGAGCCGCAAGUCAUUACUUUCCUGUGGGGAAAGGCUCCUCCUCUUUAGCUGUUUUUAUAUAAGAACUACAGUAUGUCCUCCUUCAUUACAAAAAAAAUAAUUGCAAAAAGGUUUUUUUUUUCUGUAAAUUUGCAGAGAAUCAAUCAGAAGGAGUAACUCAAAUAAAUAUGGCAUUGCUGCCUUCAUUUUGCAUUUUAGCCUGAGAUAUUAUGUUAUAAAUAAUUCAACCAAACUUUAAUGCAAACAUUAAGCCACAUUAUUGCCAGAGGGUGACUCUAUUAUUUUCUGUAACUCCUUGUGCGAACAGUAUAACAGUUUAAAAAUCUUGUUCGUACAUACUAAAUCCAUACUCUGGUCUUCCAGCAGAGGGCAGGAUGGGUCUAUUACUUGGGACAAAAUUGUAUGUUUUUGAGCCAUAUUAGGGUGGCUAAAUUAUAUUACAUCCUUUUCCUCCCCUCUCCUCUUUGUAUCAGGCUCAAAGCAGUUCACAGUAACUCAGUGUAAAGUAGAAUGCCUACAGUUUUAUUGAUGUUUAAAAGACAACAUGAGUGAAACCUUGAAGUGCUCAGAACAAAUGUCCCUAAAAUACUGUCUGGCUCUAUAUAUCACAAUAGUCAGUUAGUUAAUAAUGACAAUUUCCUCUACUUUCCAUUUUGGAUGCCUCUGUCAGAUUAAUGCCUGAUUAAAGGUUCAGUCAGUAUUUUAUUUUGAAUACUAAUCAUUGAUAGUAUCUUUUGAUGCCCACCCGACAUUGUGUCACUUCAGACAUGAUGUUGUAGGACAUGUGACUUUAUCUAAGCAUUGCUUUAUGACCUGCAUAGAUCUCUUCUGUCUAUUGUACUUUUUCAUACAGACACUGUUGAUAGAUAAAUAAUGUUGUUUUUGUUAAGUAUUUGCCAACUGGCUCGGGAAAAGAGGGUCAACGAUGGUCACCAUCUACAAGACUGAACAUUACAAUCCUCUAUACUUCUUCCAUGAUUAAGGCAGUGACUCGCCUCAAAAUGUGUGGGUCAACCCAGCAGUGUACCUUUUCAUUUCAAUUUUUUUUGCCAGCAAACAUUUAUAAGCCUGCAGCUCUCUUGGUGGUCACUUGGUGCACCUCACAAACUGUUUACCAGAAAAUAAUCAAAUGGAUUAUACACAUUGGAGGACAUUUUUUUCGUUAGCUGAGUUUUAAUAAAUUAUUUCCAUAGUUGAGACCAAUCUAAAGGGUGUCGGGGGUCUCGAGUGAAGUGUGUGUGUGUGUGUGUGUGUGUGUGUGUGUGUGUG